GUGACUCAGGCAGUAUAAAAUGUGAAGCCUGAACAGCGAGCUGCGCACACUGACUCGAGCAGCAUCAGCAGCGAGGUAACUCCAUACCCCCUAAGCAACAGCAACCAUGUCAGACCUCUGUGUUGGAAUCAAUGGCUUCGGUCGCAUUGGCCGCCUGGUCCUGAGGGCAUGCCUGCAGAAAGGCAUCAAAGUCGUAGCCAUCAACGACCCCUUCAUCGACCUGCAGUACAUGGUCUACAUGUUCAAGUACGACUCCACCCACGGCCGUUACCAUGGCGAGGUCUCCCAUGAUGGUGGCAAGCUUUAUGUUGAUGGCAAAGCCAUCUCUGUUUUCCAGUGUAUGAAGCCUGCUGAGAUCCCCUGGGGCAGCGCUGGUGCCAAAUACGUCGUCGAGUCCACUGGAGUCUUCCUCAGCCUGGAGAAGGCCAACGCUCACAUCCAGGGCGGUGCACAGCGUGUGGUCGUGUCCGCCCCCUCACCUGAUGCCCCCAUGUUUGUCAUGGGAGUUAACGAGGACAAAUACGACCCGUCCUCCAUGACCAUCGUCAGUAAUGCCUCCUGCACCACCAACUGCCUGGCUCCCCUGGCCAAAGUCAUCCACGAUAACUUUGGCAUCGAGGAGGCUCUCAUGACCACAGUCCACGCAUACACAGCCACCCAGAAGACAGUGGACGGCCCCAGCUCCAAGGCCUGGCGUGACGGCCGUGGCGCCCACCAGAACAUCAUUCCAGCUUCCACCGGCGCUGCCAAGGCUGUGGGCAAAGUCAUUCCUGACCUCAACGGCAAGCUGACAGGAAUGGCUUUCAGGGUGCCAGUGGCGGACGUGUCCGUCGUGGACCUGACCUGCCGUCUGUCCAAGUCUGCAUCCUACGCUGAGAUCAAGGAGGCCGUCAAGAAGGCCGCACACGGACCCAUGAAGGGAGUGCUGGGCUACACUGAAGACCAGGUUGUGUCCUCUGACUUCAUUGGAGACACCCACUCCUCCAUCUUCGAUGCUGGCGCCGGCAUCUCCCUCAACGACAACUUUGUCAAACUCAUUUCCUGGUAUGACAAUGAGUACGGCUACAGCAACCGUGUUGCCGACCUGCUGCUGUACAUGUACUCCAAGGAGUAGACACUUCCUGUCCUGAGAGGAAGUGAGCAAAGGGACCACCGCUAACCAUCAUGAAUCCCUCCCUUCUC